AUGUCAGGGGACGACUACGUUCAACACUUUGAAACCCUCCAGCUUCACGCUGGUCAGGAACCUGAUCCAAACACCAAGUCUCGUGCUGUUCCAAUCUACCAGACCACAUCCUUCAACUUCGAUGACUCGGCUCACGGCGCGAGGCUUUUCGGCCUCAAACAGUUCGGCAACAUUUACAGCCGUAUCAUGAAUCCUACAGUCGAUGUUCUCGAAAAGCGGAUUGCAGCUCUGGAAGGCGGUAUCGGCUCUGUCGCAGCUUCGUCCGGACAAUCUGCACAGUUCAUGGUGAUUGCUGCUUUAGCUCAUGCCGGAGACAAUAUUGUGAGCACUAGCAAUCUGUACGGUGGUACGUACAACCAAUUCAAAGUCAUGUUUCCCAGGUUGGGCAUAAAGGCGAAGUUCAUACAGGGCGACAAGCCGGAGGACGUCGAGAAAGCAAUCGACGACAACACGAAAGCUGUCUACAUCGAAAGUAUCGGCAACCCAAGAUACAACGUGCCUGACUUCGAAGCCAUUGCCAAAGUAGCGCAUGCCAAGGGUGUGCCCGUUAUCGCAGACAACACCUUCGGCGCAGGUGGCUAUUUCUGCCAGCCUUUCAAGCACGGUGUAGAUAUCAUAGUACACUCGACAACAAAGUGGAUAGGUGGGCACGGAACGAGCAUUGGUGGACUGGUCGUCGAUUCAGGCAACUUCGACUGGGCAGCUAAUGCGAAGAGAUUUCCACAAUUCAACGAUCCUGCUGAAGGAUAUCACGGCUUGAAGUUCGUUGACACUUUCGGCAAGCUCGCCUUCCUCAUCAGGACUCGAGUGGAGAUAUUGAGGGAUCUUGGGAGCUGCAUGAGUCCUUUCAACGCCCAUCAGUUCAUCAUAGGCACCGAGACACUAAGCCUUAGGUGUGAAAGACAUGCAUCGAAUUCCCUGGCACUAGCCCAGUGGCUAGAGAAACACCCCAACGUAGCCUGGGUAAGCUACCCUGGUCUCGAAAGUCACGCCAGCCAUCAGUUGGCAAAGAAAUACCUCCCGCGAGGAUUUGGUGGUGUCCUCAGCUUCGGCGUCAAAGGCGGUGCAGACGCAGGUUCACAAGUAGUAGACGGAUUCAAGCUCAUAAGCAACCUGGCAAACGUCGGCGACGCCAAAACCCUCGCCAUCCACCCCUGGACCACAACCCACGAACAACUAAGCGAUCAAGAAAAGAUCGACUCCGGCGUCACGGAAGACCUGAUCAGAAUCUCAGUCGGGCUAGAGCACAUCGACGACAUCAUCCGCGAUUUCGAGCAGAGCUUCAAGGCGAGCGAUGCGGCGAAAACGGGAGGAGGAAACCCGGAGAAUGCGGAUCAGAAAGGGACGACUGAGACGCCGGCGGCAUUAAGUGGGUCUACCUGA